AUGCAAACUCCUUUUUCUUUGGCUUCUUUCUCACAAGCAGAGCAACAAAAUUUCCCUCUUACAUUCAUUAUAUCAAUAGGAACCAUUUUUUCAAACUCCACUUGGCAAUCACGACAAAUUUAUCACCUUACUAAUAACCCUUAUAAAUUCCCUAAAAAUAACGGUUCAGCAGAUUUUAUUCCUCUCCCUAAAAGAUUUGCCGAAAUAAUUACCGAAUUUAAAGCAGCCAUCCAAGAGCAAAAAGACGAAGAAAGACCCGAAACCGAAAGAACCCAAGCCCAAACCCGAAUAAAUGAAAUCUACUCCGAAAUUAAAGCACUUAUUCAGUCCCAAAUUACAGCCUCAGAAAACUCUUUUAUAAUUUUUACCCCUGAAAUACUAUUCACCGAGCAAGAAAAGCAAACAGGGUAA